AAAUACAAAAAAAUACGCGGGCAAAAGAGAAAGCACAACAGGUUUCGUCUUACUGUCUUCUACUCAAUACUUACUUGUCUUCUGUGAUUGUGUUAAUGCCAAGCUCCGUUAUUUGUUAUCUGAGUAUAUAAAAUUUGAUUAUCGUCAGAAUUGGAACUGUUGACUUAAUUUAUUACAAUGAUACAGAAGACGAUUUACAUAGCUAUUGUUUCUUUAACAAUCAAUGCAUUAGGACUUCAUGCAACUCAAGGUAAAUUGUGUUCAAAAAAAUCAAGUGUCUCCUUUACUCGAAAUUUAAUACUCAAUAAUAUAUAUUUACAUUCUUCAAAAGCCAAGCAUGGAAAAACUGUUGUUUGUUACGUAGCAUCGUGGGCGCAAUACCGUCCGGAGAAAGGUCAAUUUGGAAUAGAUAAUCUUCGUCCUGAACAUUGCACUCAUCUUAUUUAUUCGUUUGCUGGUUUAAAUGCUACAACAUGGACAAUUAAAAGUUUAGAUCCAUGGGCUGAUUUAGAAGAUAAUUAUGGCAAAGGAGGAUAUAAAAAAAUGACUGCUUUACGAAAUAAAUAUCCUGACUUAAAAAUAUCAUUAGCUAUUGGAGGUUGGAAUGAAGCGAGUGCUAAUUAUUCAGCCUUAGUUUCAUUGCCUGAACGGAGAAGCAUUUUUGUAACUAGUGUUCUCACUUUUCUCAGAAAUUUUGGAUUUGAUGGUCUUGACUUAGAUUGGGAGUUUCCAGGAAAACGUGGAGGAGUACCUCAGGAUCGUGAAAACUUCGUUAGUUUAAUAAAAGAAUUAAAAACCGUAUUCAAAAGUAAUAAUUUAUUGUUAACAGCAGCCAUAAGUGCUGACAUAUCAACAAUAAAUGAGGCCUAUGAUAUACCAAAAAUCUCAACAUAUCUUGAUUAUAUUCAUGUCAUGGCAUAUGAUUAUCAUGGUGCAUGGGAUAAAAAAAUUGGAGCAAAUGCUCCAUUGUAUUGUUUUGGUGAUCGUCUCUGUGUUAAUGAAACCAUCAAUUAUCUUAUAGAACGAGGAGCACCUCCUUCUAAACUUGUUUUAGGUCUUCCAAUGUAUGGAAGAACAUUUAUUGCAGUAUCCGAUUUAAAUGAUAAUCAAAGUCCAAUUGGUGUGGAUAGUUUAGAUAAAGGAUUUCAAGGAAACUAUACUAGAGAAAAUGGAUUUAUGGGUUAUAAUGAAAUUUGCCAAGAACUAAUAAAUUAUCCUAAAAAUUGGAGAUGUGGAUGGGAUGAAAAAACUAGUGCCGCUUAUGCCAUUUCUAAAGAUAAAGUAGUUAUUUAUGAUGAUCCAAAGAGUCUUCGAAUUAAGGUUCAAUUUGUAAAGCAAAUAAAAUUAGCAGGAGUCAUGGUUUGGAGUAUUGAUACAGAUGAUUUUCUAGGAGAAUGUGCAUCUAUUCAUGACAAUAUUUCAGGUAUUUCACAGAAUAUGGAUUAUCCUUUGAUGCGGACGAUAAAUUUUGCAUUGACUGAAACCCCGAAAGAUAAUCUAUCUCACUCGAUUGAGGAAGACAUAACCACUAAAAAUUCAGCAUCUUCAUAUUUAUUAAACACAGCUUUAAUUCUUUUUUCAAUCCUUCGGUACAUUUUAUUGUCAUUCACUUAAAUGGAUUGUUAAAAUUUAUUAUUACACUGUGUUGUAUUCUGAUAUGUCAAAUGAUUCUUAAAAGUAUAUUUUCAUUGAACAAUUUAUUUUUUUUAUUUAAAAUUAUAGAGAAAAUUUUUUAGAUGAAAAAUACGAAUAUGAAAUACUUGAAAAGCGAAAUUUAUGAUAAAUCAAGCUAAUUAGAUAUGAUAUGUUUUGUAAUGAAAAAUAAAUAUUUUAUAAAAUGGUUGUCGUUUAAUAAUACAAAUUUAAUUUUUUCGGAUCCAAAGUU